GCAGGCGGGCGGCGCUGCGUCCUCCAUCGGCGGUGCGGCUGAGGCGCUGCUCAGGCGAUCUGUGUGGGGAGCGCGGCGUCCGUGCGGCGGGGCCGGCUGUGCUGCGGUGUGUUGUGCUGUGCGGGGUCGCUGAGCGCGAGCUCUCUCACAUAUCUGUCUCAGCCUGGGGUGAGUACCCCUACGCGCUUGCUGGCCCAGGGUUCGCCCCGGCCUGGCCUCGGGGCCCUUAUCCGCGGCCGCAGGGACUGGGGGAGCUCCUGUACCCCCUCUUCUGCACCGCACGUCCCUCGGGUCCCGCUGAGGUCUGGAGCGUUCAGAAAAGUGCGAGAUCCUCCUGCAGGCUGACGCCCUGCAUACAUACGUUCUCACUGGCUGUUUUAUUGUACGUCUGCUCCGUACCUGAGAUACGCACCGAGGGACUCCUGCUUUGUUCUGUCUGUAGCGAUGGCUUCAGGAACAGCCCUGAUUUACGACGAGGCAAUGACCAGGCAUAAGCUGCUUUGGAAUGAUCCUAUUUGUGAUAUUGAAGUGCCAGAAAGACUGUCAGCCUCCUAUGAGCAGCUUCAGUGUUACCAUCUCGUGGAAAGAUGUGUCCCUGUGCCUGCGAGAGAAGGAAGCGAGGAGGAAAUCCUCUUAGUUCACAGUUCAGAACACUUGGAGGCUGCAAAAAGCACACAGACAAUGAAUGAAGAGGAACUGAAAAGAAUCUCUGGGAAUUAUGAUUCUUUUUUCUUUCAUCCGAACACUUACCACUGUGCCAGGCUAGCUGUAGGAGCAGCUUUGCAACUAGUGGACUCUGUGAUGUCAGGAAAAGUAUGCAAUGGAAUGGCAUUAGUAAGACCUCCAGGUCACCACAGUCAGAGAAACGCAGCCAAUGGGUUCUGUUUGUUCAACAACGUCGCUAUUGCAGCAGAAUAUGCCAAACUGAAAUAUGGUCUACAGAGAAUCCUAAUUGUUGACUGGGAUGUGCACCAUGGGCAAGGAACUCAAUAUAUAUUUGAAGAAGAUCCAAGUGUUUUGUAUUUUUCCUGGCAUCGCUAUGAGCAUCAGGAAUUCUGGCCAUCGCUCAAAGAAUCUGAUUAUGAUGCUGUGGGUUUGGGAAAAGGAAAAGGUUUUAAUAUAAAUUUGCCGUGGAAUAAGGUUGGAAUGGGAAAUUCAGAUUAUCUUGCUGCAUUUUUUCAUGUGUUGCUUCCAGUAGCUUUUGAGUUUGAUCCUGAACUGGUUCUUGUCUCCUCUGGGUAUGAUUCAGGAAUUGGAGACCCUGAGGGUCAGAUGAAUGCCACUCCUGAAGUCUUUGCCCACCUUACUCAUUUCCUGAUGCAGUUAGCUCAUGGGAAGCUGUGUGUCAUCCUGGAGGGUGGGUACCAUUUGAAGUCCUUGUCUGAAUCAGUCUGCAUGACUGUAAAAACUUUGCUAAGAGAUCCUCUGCCUCAGGUAACUGGAGAAAUGGCACCUUGCCUAAGUGCUAUUGAAUCUAUUCAAAAUGUGAGAGCAGCACAUAAACCCUAUUGGAAAUGGUUGACAUAUGAAGACACAUCAUUUUUGCACAAUUUGAGCACCAGAUCAGACUUACCAAAGACUGCUGAUACAAAUCCCUGUGCAGAUGAUGAAGCUAAGAUAACGGACAGCAACGAAACUGACAAAAUAGAAAGAUUUUUGGAAUUGCACAUGAAAAAUGUUAUAUUUCCAGUUCCUCCCAUCAGAACAGCAACAACAGCUGAGUUGAAAGCUUCAGCGCACCUGAACACCUUCCCAGUACACCUUCAUGUUGUGAAGGAAAUGGACAAAAAUGAAAUAGAAGCUCUUGUCAGUGAUUUUCAUGCAGACCUUGUGAAAACAAACAAAACUUUGCUCUCUCUGCGCAGUACAUUGACCAUCCUAGAUAAAAUACUUAAGAAAGAGGUGUGCAAUGGAAUUGCAGAAUCACCUGCAGCUUCUGCUUCUGUUGCUGUUGCACUGAGACAUCCUCUUUGUUUUGGGCUUCAAAGAGUGCUUUGCAUCUUUGUUGGAGACAUGCAUAUCAUUCCGAACACGGAAGAUGGAAAAAUACUUGUCAUACAUAUUUGCAAGGAAGAACAGACUGGAAAGAGCAGCUCUAAACACUAUAUUGUGCUAAACUGGAAAGAGGAUGCUGACGGGAAUGACUUCUUUUCUGCUGUACUUGGAUUCAUUCUUCCUGUAGCAUACAGUUACCAACCCAACUUGAUAGUAAUAGCUGUUGGACCAAACAGGAGCCUUGGAAUAAGUGGGAUUUCACUUCUUUUUGGUUUGCUACAAGGCCUAGCAGAAUCUCGAAUUCUUGCAGUGAUUGAGGAUACAGACAUAAAUCUAAUGCAAAGUGUAGCCAAAACACUUGCAGGUGCUUCUGUGCCCCACUUUGGAGUUCACGUGCCUCCUACCCAAGAAAAAGUAAAUCAAAUAAAAAUGUUAAGGAACCAGCUUCAGCAGGACUGGAAAAUGCUUCAAUGCUCAGUGAACGACGGGAUUUGAAGAAAUUGACUUCACUUUAAAACCAUUUUAUGCAGCAGAAGAAAAUGGGACGCUUCGUUUUGGGGGAAAAAAAGACGGUUGAUGUCUAAACAGAGUAAGAGCCAUUUACAGCUGCCUCUUGUUUUUAAACUACUUCGAAUAGCCGAGCGUUUCCCAGUAACUCACUGUAAACUGGACUUCCUGAGGCAGCAGCCAUACAGUGCCUUGGUUUUCAGCACUCUCCUUUCUGUCCUCGCUUUCAGGCGUGUCACUGUGACUUCAGUAAUGUAACCUUCCACUUUCAAACGCUUAAAAUUACACGUAUCCAUUAGACUGCAUUCCUCCUGCUGUUGUUAAUGGGUGUGUGUGCAGCUGAUCCCAGGACCUAAAUCGCUCUUCAUAGUCCUAUUUUUAGGACUGUUUUCGGGCGACUCUGUGUCCGAGGUGUUCUCUCCUGGGGAGGAUCCCACUUGUUCUGUUUUGCUGCCCUCAGUAAGCCAUGAGAUGUAGAUUACAGUUAUUAAAACAUGACCAAGAAGGCAAAACUGUAUUUUCAAUAAAAAAACUUUGCAAGUACCGUCAGAA